AUGCAGCCGUCAUCCUGGUCGUCAGCUACUCCAAAAGCCGUCUCAAUGACCCCUUUCAUUCUCCAAGCUCAAGAAAGUGCUCAUCGAAAAAGUCAGUCUAUUCGAAGACCAGAUCGUGUGCAACGUUUUAACAAUCAGCGUGUAAUGGUUAACAAAACAUGGAAACGUUCAAGAAUUUUUCUUCAGCAAAUGAUUUCUAGAAUGGCAAUUACUCAAAAGCUGAUUCGUCGACAGAGAGGUAUUAAUUCCUCCACGAACCUUACCCUUGAUAUUCUCAUGCCACAACCAAUCUUUCAGGUCCGUGCCUUCCAGUUAUUCAAAGAUCCACAACCCACGCGUGAAGCCAUAAUUCAAAGUCGUUCAAAAUCUACAAGAGUUAUUCUAAAUGUUGGUGGUGAUAGACACGAAGUUAUGUGGCGAACAUUGGAAAAGAUACCCCAUUCCAGACUAGGAAGGCUUCAACAUGCUGUGACUCAUCAAGAAAUAAUGCAACUCUGUGAUGACUACAAUAUUGAAGCAAAUGAAUAUUUCUUUGACCGUCAUCCACAAACAUUUGGAUGUGUUUUAAAUAUGUAUCGCACUGGACAUCUUCAUACUCUGGAGGAUAUUUGCGUUCUUGCCUAUCACAGUGAUCUAAUCUACUGGGGCAUAGAAGAUCAUAAUAUGGAUCCCUGCUGCCUAAGUAGAUACUAUCAAAAGAAGGAACAUGUUGAGGAAGAAAUGAAGAAGGUGAAUGAAAUUUUUAUGCAACAGAUGGAUGAGGAGUAUUUUGGAGAAGAUAAAUGUGCCAUCUACCGCAAAAAGCUCUGGGAUAUUCUCGAAAAACCGCAAACGUCCACUGCAGCCAGGGUGAGUUUUUUUUAA